AUGAAAAGAACAAUCAAGAAUUGUGAAAAUUAUGCCGAAAUUGAUGAUUCUAGUAAUUAGGAGUAAUUUGCCAAAUUCGAAGCUGGAAUGUUAUUUUAAGCUGCUUAAAAUCCAGAAAAAAUUUUUAAAAAAGCUGUCAGAUAGGGAUGUGAAGAGGUUGCGUAAGAUUUUAUAAAAAAAGAGUUUUUCAAUCAAGAUAAGAAUUAGGUUAAGUUUAUACUAUUAUACAUUUUUAGACUGAAAAAAAAAUAGAAAAUAAAAAAAACUCUGAUUAAGAGAGAGAGAAUUAGGAGUUUGCAAACUUUCUUUCAAAUACUUAUCAUGAAUAUUUGACGAAAAAAUCAAAUCAUUCAAAUGAUUACAAUCAUUAAGAUCAUUCAAGCUCUUUUUGGGAUCAUGUAAGCCAUCUAUUUUGA